UGCGCAGCACCGGACACGUAAGGUCACGCGGGAGGACGAUGCGCCUGACGUCACGGCGUAACGAAGCGCAGCCAGGAAAAAUCCGGCGGGAAAAACAAAGCGGGGUGAUGGAGGACACAGCCAGGAAGCUGAAGAAUUGGGCGGCCGAGAUGGGAGUCCCUGCUCAGAACAUGCCUUCUGACGCUGCGUUGCGAAAUCUGUGUAGCGGCCAGUGUCAAGAAAUCUGGGAAUAUAUCGUGCACCACAUCAAAACGAAAGAGAAGGUGAAAAACAUCAAAGGCAAUCUGGAAUGCCGGAGGCUGGACUGCACUGAGGUUAAAUUGUCAGGCAAGGAGCAAGGGAAGAGGAGGAAGCUUAUGGAACAGUUGCUGUCUCUGAGGGCUGACAUUGAGCAGCUGGAUGAAAGUGCGGACAGAGAGCAGCAGGACAUCGAGGAGCAAGCACUGAAGGAGACUCGCGAGAGGCUGCAGGAUCUGAAACAGCGGAACAUGUUGCUAAAAGCAUUCCUGCAGCGGACAGUUAGCCAGAGGAAGAACCUACAGGAGCAAAGCAAGAAGGUGGGCGAUCGGCUGCAUGCCUUCACACAGAUCAGCAGUAAAGCAGAACAAGAGAUCGAGUUGGGCAAUGCACAGGAUGGUACGUUGUGGUCAGGCAGAGGCCAAGAGCCUGAGGUCCUGCGAGAUGUUCGGAGAACUUGUUGCACAAGAUUUCACUUCCUGAAGUCAUUAUAUGAGGAACAGGCGAAUGGACCAGGAGGCAUGGGUGAUGUAGGUCAUGAUCUGAGGAGUACCAAUUAUCAUCAGUGGCUGAGCCAGGUAGAGGGGGUUAAUGCGACACACCCACCGAACCACAUCCUUGCAGCAUUGGAGAGUCUCGCGGCUGAGAAUAAAGAGGAGCUGAUGGAACUCCAAUCAAAAGUGGACGUGGUGAAGGACAUGGAGGCUCUGAGGUUCUCUUACAGUUGUUCCCGCCUGCAGGAUGUCUCGGAGCCUCUGCCUGUUCUCCGUUCAGUGAAGUCUUUGCUCGAUGAGCGAUGGCGGGACUGUGAGGUGAGGGCGGUGGAGAAGAUUGGGGCUGUCCGACGUGACAGGGAGGCGAGCUCCAGGCUGACGUCGCUGUCCCGGGAGUUUAACCUGCUGCUGGAAGAGCAACACGGGCACAGCGCUGAGCUCCUGGCGACUGUCAGGGAGGCCUUGGAGCUGGAGCUGAGUAUCACGGAGAGGAGAGCGUACUGCCAGGAGCUGUUGGAACAGGCCAACCUCUUAACCAAGUCCAUCUCUGCCAAGAAGUGUGAGAUCCAGACCCUGCUGCAGAAACACAGCCGCAUCGUCGACUUCCAGGCGCUGGUGGACACCAAACAAGAUCUUAUCCGAGCUUUAGUGAAAGGGAAUUCGUCAGCGAAGAGUCAGUUGAUGAAGACACAGGUGGAGAUUGGCUCCUUUGUUGAGCAGAAGCUUGGAAAGCACGAGGAUGGGAUCCGGUCGCUAACUGAGGACCUACACAACUCGGUUAGCAGGGAAGUGAAUCUCUUCACUGGCAUCUCGCUACCUAACCUGGAUCGCAGGGUUGUGCAAGAGUCGCAGAGGGUUCCUGUACACAAGCUGUCCAUUCACAGACUGGACUCUUCAUUUAACAAGCCUCACUUCUUCCGGGAAGUCAAGAAGACUUUAUACUUCCCCCUCUACAAGGCCGCUGAGUUCCUGGUAGAGCGUGCAGCUGAGGUGAAAAUGGAGGCACUGUUUGUGAGGGUGAUCCUGCAGCAACAGAGAGAUGCACUGCAGACACUGCAAAGACAGUACAGCAUCACUCCGGUCACUGACGCCGACGCUCUGAUUGAGCGAGUCCAGCGACUGGAUGAGGAGUGCAGUAAGACGUCUAUUCCAAAUAUCCGCAAAAUCUCCUAUAAGUGCGAUCAAGCCAUUCACUUUACUGAUGAGCUACGGAAUGAUGUCCAGGACUGGUGGCUGCAGCCCGCCCAGUUCUUGCUGCCCUGGGUCAAGAAACACGGACACAAUGUCCAGGAAUGGAUUCACAAGUGGCAUGACCUGAUUCACCGGGGACUGAUGCAGACUCGGGGAGGGACUUACUCUGCGAAACCCUGCUAACGGUCACCGUGAGCUGCUGGUGUCAAUAUUGACCCAUUCACCGGUGACGAGCCGAGAUCUCCCCACACUCUACGCCUGCUUUGCCUGCAACUCGAGAUGUGAUGCUGGGCGAUGGGACAGAAUCUCCUCUUCCAAAUCCUACUCAGUGGUCACCUGGGUAGGAAGGGGACCUUCAUACUGAAACACUGUUUAUAUGUUUGGAAAUAAAGGCAAUUAUUUGGAGCAAA